CGUCAUGUCUUGCGUGCUCCCACCUGAUCUUCUAUGCGGUCCCCGAGGAGGCCCACUGCACCGUGUCUGACUCAGUCUGAGCUUGGUCAUCGCACCCGCGCAUGUUCAGACUCUUCCCGGCUCCUGGAAAUGACUGGGCCUACUGAACGCCAUGGCUGAAUCAGACACUCCCACCCCAUCACAGCACUCCCGGCGACAUCUAUGGAUCGACCUCCGCACGACAUCCGUCAGCCAGAGCGAUUGCAGCCAGACGCUCAUUCAGCGUUAGACGUGACCUUCUUCUAUGACACCACGCCGACGAUGUCGGUGCAGAUACUCUUCCCGAAUACAGCCUCCUCUGCUGACGCUCGCCUUGCUAUUAGCAGCAUCCAUUUCCGCGGCCUGCAAGCUUCUAUCCUCCGGCUCAUUCAUACUGAACUUAUGGAUUGUCCUCUUCUCGCACACCUCAUGUGGUCCUCGUCCUCCGGAUGCACGGGCGGGGCUACGCGGCGCAUGACGCUGCCCCUCAGUUCCGUCUGCGAGCACGACACCCGCAUGCCCGCAAGCAAGACUCUAAUUCCACCCGCGCUAACUCCCGCCUCCAUCAUCUCAUCUCAUUCCGAUGAGCACGGUGCCCCCACACGCGCUGAAAUCCAAAUUCGCCCGAUCCCGGAUGUUCGCCACAGGCACCUACGCGUCUCUCUCGCGAGUCUGCCUUACGCGCCCCGGGCUGCAGUGCCGCCGCAGCGUUUGUGCACAACACACACGUCGACCCCAUACUCGCCGCAGCCAAUGGAUGCACCGCUGCGCGAGAUCGCAUCUCCCACCCGUCCCGCCUCGAUCGGCCCGGCUGGGUUGCCCAUUCUGGCUUUCAUACUGAACACUCGCAGUCCAGCCGCGCCCCGGUGAAUCACGUUCAGCCUCUCCCCUGCCCAUCGCCCUCAAUCGAGCUCAAUCAACUGUUGACCCACAUCGAGGCGCAUCCGGACACCCGGAUUGUCGAUGCGAUGGCCGAUGAGACACGCUCUGGGACGAGCUGGCCAGUCACUGCACUUGUACUGCACAGAUGACUCUCAGAUGACUCCGUGGAUAGCUCGCCGGGCUAGCGCUCCGGGAUGCUCACGUUCACUCAAUCUUAUCCACACGGUCUUCCGUCCUAGGAGAUACUGUUCUAGGCAGCGUGUCCGGACAUCUCGACCUCGCUAUGGGCCGUGCGCCUCGCAUUCCCCGAUCGCG